AUGGACGACGACGAUGAGAUCCAGUCUCAUCCGUCGCCGGCGAGCGGAUCCCCGGCGUCAUCGCCGCGGGCGAAUGGACGGAUAACGGUGACGGUCGCGGCGCCGGCGCCGCCUCCGCCGAAUAGUUUGGCACUAGCGCUUCCGAUUCAGCAGCCGGUGAAGGGGAACGGUGGCGGAGGAGGCGGCGGCGGUGGAGGAAGGGAGGAUUGUUGGAGCGAAGGCGCGACGGCGGUGCUGAUCGAUGCAUGGGGAGAGAGGUAUCUGGAACUGAGCAGAGGAAAUCUGAAACAGAAGCACUGGAAGGAGGUGGCGGAGAUCGUGAGCGGCAGAGAGGAUUACACGAAGGCGCCGAAGACCGAUAUUCAGUGCAAAAACCGGAUCGACACCGUUAAGAAGAAGUACAAAUCGGAGAAGGCGAAGAUCGCCGCCGGCGCCACUAGCAAGUGGCCAUUCUUCGACCGUUUGGACCAAUUAAUCGGUCCAAGUGCCAAGAUCCCCGGCGCCGGCGGAGUCGCCGGAACCAGCGGUGCCGGAAACAGUAUUUUACAGACCCAGAAAGUGCCGUUAGGGAUUCCGGUGGGCGUUCGAGGCGGAGGGAAUCAGUAUCACCAUCCUCAAAGGCAGGCGCAGCAUACGCCGCAGCAGCAACAACCGCAGCCGGUUCCGUCGAAGAAUCAGAAGAUUCAGUUCCGGCGCCGCGGUCCACCGGUGGAAUCUGAUUCGGAGGAGCGUGGCGCGUCGUCGCCGGCUUCGAGCGACAGUUUUCCUCCGGAGAGUUUCGAGCGGAAGAGGCCCCGGGUGAUGAGUUCGAACCCGACGAAAGGAAGCGAAGGAAGACGGAAGGCGAAGGGCUGGGGAAGCGCGGUGAGGGAACUGACGCAGGCGAUUCUGAAAUUCGGGGAGGCGUAUGAGCAUGCAGAGAGCUCGAAGCUGCAGCAAGUAGUGGAGAUGGAGAAGCAGAGGAUGAAGUUCGCGAAGGAUUUGGAGUUGCAGAGAAUGCAGUUUUUUAUGAAGACCCAGUUGGAGAUUUCGCAACUCAAGCUUGGAAGAAAAGGUGCUAACCCUAGCAACAAUCACCAUAGCACCACCAACAAUAACAAUAACAACAAUCACAACAAUAAUAGUGACAGUGAGUGA